AAUACUCUUAGGCAGGGGCGGACUGAUCAUUUGGAAACUCGAGCACUGCCCGAGGGCCCGGGGUCAGUAGGGGGCCCCAUGAGAUGCCACCUUUUUCCUAGGCUUUUUUGAGUUUGGGCAAGGACAUAGGGGCCCCAUGAUCCCCUAUUGCCUGGGGGCCCCAUGAGUUGUCAGUCCGCCCCUGCUCUUAGUUUGGGACAAUGGGGCUUGCACUGACAUCUUCUAGGAUCUGGUUUCUCUUGAGAAGUGAAUCAAUA